AUUCAUGAAGGUGCAAGGUGCAAACAUACCUACACAAGCGUAAUUUCAUAAAAGACAAAUGGUUUUUUGGGGUAGAAACCAGUAUAAAACAGAGGCACACGUACGUAGAUUUCAUUUCAUUAUUCGAUCGACGUCUGAAGUCUGAAGAUUCUAAAAUCGAUUGCAUCUCACGAUGGCGUCAUACCUCGUCCCGAGUAUCCUCGCCGUCUUCACCGUCCUAACUUCCGGGUCAUUCUCUUUUCCUGACGUGGCGCAUCUUCGUGCCGACACGACCUUGUACACAUUUCACCCUCACGGACGGGGCUCCUGUCUUAGCAAAGGCCCUGAACCGGGAACCCUUCUCAUCUUCCCCUGCACGCCACAAGCCGGGUUGAAAUUUAUCGUAAAUGACGAUAAGACCUUGCAGGUCAACAACUCCAGUCCCGCCCUUUGUUUGGAAGAAGGAUCGAACAAUGCUGUCUCCUUGGCGACGUGUGAUGGCAAAAAGGAGUCGCAACAUUGGACCAGAGAUUGUGGUGUGUCGAACUUUAUAUGUUUUAUAAGAACGGCGUCGGACAAGUGUUUGAAGGUGGAUGAGGAAAAUUACUCCGAUGUGAAAGUGGGUUCCUGCACGAGGGAUGAUUUCUGGUCAAUUAGAAGUUCGGAUGGCUUCUUGGCCGGUAUUAGUGCAGUAAUUCCGCAAUAAUUUUGGUGGGUUUGAGGUAUUGAGUGGUAAUUUUAAUUAAAUGAUGGCAAACAAUUUUGUAAGUAUUUUUGUCAAAGUGAAAACAAAUUUUGCAUUUAUUUAAAUUCAUUUAAAUUCAUAAAAAAACUAAAGCGCUAAUUAUAAUAAUUAUGAAGCUUAUUAGUUCUGAAACUAGCUAAUAAUUUAUUUAAUGAAGUAUGUAAUGCAAUUUUGUAUGAAUUACGAAAUGAUUAACAUUGAAUGGGUAAAUAAAAGAUCUUAAAAGCACCCAAAACCAAAAUUGAUGGCAAGUGUAGAAUAAAAAGUGAAAGAAAUUAGUGCAAUAAUUUA